UUGUCUUUGCUUAUGGGGAGGGUUGUUUGAACUUGCGUAACAUGUUUAAGGCUGAGUGCAAAGCUCAGAGAAAAGCAGUGGGAUACACUGUGGUAUGAUAACCAUGACAACACUCAAUAGCAUGGAAUCCUGAAUGCAUUUGUAGAGCACAAGAGCACUGGUAGAAACCUUUGAGCAGAGUAGAAUCAGAAGACAGUGUUAAAAAAAGGUUUUUUUUUCACCAUUAUGGAAAUCCCUGACAUGGCUUCAAAAAAACUUCCUUGUCGGCCAGAGAUGUUUGAUUUUGAGGGAAUUUCUAUGACUAACUUUUUCACUGACAACUGGGAAAAAGUGAAAAAUUUUCAGUCAAGACCUGAUGACAUACUAAUUGCCACAUAUCCCAAAGCAGGUACCACAUGGGUUUCUUAUAUACUGGACCUUCUGUAUUUCAGUAAUGAUGAUCCAGAGUGUCAGACUUCCCAGCCUAUCUAUAUGAGAAUCCCAUUCCUAGAGUCAUGCUUCCAAGAGUUUUCAACAGUUACAGGCACAGAAAUGGCAGAUAGUCUGACCACCACUCCUCGUCUCAUCAAAACUCAUUUACCUGUUCAGCUAGUACCCAAGUCCUUCUGGGAUCAGAACUCAAGGAUUGUGUAUGUAGCACGUAAUGCAAAAGACAAUGCUGUUUCCUACUUUCAUUUUGAUCGAAUGAACAUGGUACAGCCUGAACCAGGGGACUGGAACCACUUCUUACAGAAAUAUAUGAAAGGAAAAAAUGUGUUUGGUCCUUGGUUUGACCAUGUCAGUGGAUGGUGGGAGAAAAAACAGACAUAUUCUAACCUACUGUACUUGUUCUAUGAGGAUUUGGUUGAAGACACUGGACGUGAGGUGGAACGUUUGUGCUCAUUCUUGGGUGUGUCCACUUCAGUUGAAGAGAGGGAAAAAAUAACAAAAAUGGUUCAGUUUGACGCCAUGAAACAGAACAAGAUGAUCAACCAUGAAACAAUCCCUUUCAUGGACUUCAAGAUCUCACCCUUCAUGCGAAAAGGUAAAGUAGGAGACUGGAAAGGUCACUUCACUGUGGCACAAAAUGAAAAGUUUGAUGAGGUCUACAAACAGAAGAUGAAGAAUACCACACUCAAGUUUCGCACUGAGAUUUAAUAUUUGAGUUCUAGAUCUUUUUGAUUGUUACUGAUAUUGAUUAUUAGAAAUUGAUUGUUAGAGAUAAAGUGUACAUCUUUCAGGACAUAAAUAGAAUAACCUCUGAAGUUUUUUAACCAGUGGUAGACUAAGGGCCAGGUUUACUAACAGCACCAGUGCAAACCGUCUUUUGGGGUUAAAAUAGUACCAUCAGGAUUUACUAAAGAUGUACAGUGAAGAAUAAGCUCUGAAAUGGCGUGGACACAGUUAUUUUUGUGCCUGACUUUAUUGAAUAUGCAUUUGUUGGAAUUUUCUUUUCAGACACAAAAUUUAUGGGAGGAGAUUAUUAAAAUUAAUCGUGCAACGUAAUUUACUAAAAUUUUCGCUCGUCAAAUUACUGGGAUUUGCCCAUAUUAUUUAACACCACAAAAAAGUAUGACUUAAAUGUUUUGCAUGUUCAAUGGCUGCAUUGGUCGAUAUGUUAAUGAGAUGUUGCGUCUUUGUUCUUUGUUCUGUUAAUUUGCGUUUGUCAUUUAAUCAUGGAAAUUUCCAUGCCCAAUCUGCACUGUUUUGGAAUUGCGGUUUCUUGCUAUUUUCCCCUGUUUAGUAAAUCUGGUCUACUCCACUGCUACCCUCACUGCCAACAUAAUACCUAACAUAGCAGAGAGCCCUUAAAAUGGAAAAUCUAAAUUUCUGAUCAAAUUUGGCACUAGAAAAUGUGGAUAUUAGGAUAUUAUCCUUAACUCCAAACAUGUUUGGAUAUAUUAUUAAGUCAAGAGAAUAAUAUCUUAUUAUCGUCCAUUUAGGUUCUCACCAAACAUGUGUUAUAUGAGAGUUGGUCUGACAGCUAAGACCGAAUCGGACAAGAAUCAAUCUGAUCAGUGGCUUGAUCCACUUGUAUUGAUCAUACUUACUUAUAAUUUGUUUCCUUUUGGGAUAAAAUGUUAUUUAUCAACCCUGUUGAUAAGACACAAAAGCUUGGUGUUAUAUUAUUAUUAUAAUUAUUACUAUUUUAUUCAAAGAAAUAUGUUCAUCCUAAAUCCAGAUACCUAGGGUAGAAUAUUUCAUGUAUUAGAAGUAUUAGAAAAAAAUGAGAUUGGGAAAGAUGUUUUGCAACUGGUCAAAACUGGAAAAUUUACCAUCUUUAUAAAAAUCCUUUACCGAGGUCACCUCCACAGAGAAAAUAACUUACCUUUCUGGUCAGGCAGAAAUGUAUGAUUGCCACAUUUGGGCAGGUUCACUGAAGGACAUGCAAUAUUCUUAGUAGCCCUUUUAAAAUUUUCUUAAAAAUUUGAAUGGAGCUGAGCACAAAAACUAAAUAAAUAAAUCUGGCACUGGGAAUUCCUCAAGGAAACAUAAUUAUAUAUAUUAAAAAAAAGAACAGCUGCAAGGGAGCUAUACUGAAACAUAACUAAGCUUACAGUCACUGAGGAGACACUCCAGACCCAGUAUUCGCAUCUUGAUCUCUGCUCUGCCAGAACAUCAUAGCCCUGGCAUUAAGAGCCCAGUAAUAAUUUAGAAAAACUGGUAGUGCUAUACCAGUCAUCCCCUUAGGCUUCUGUGUGUGGACCUUAGAGAUUCAAUGUGCUCUAUAUUCCCUAAUAAAUGGCAAAAUAAUCUAGCUGUCUGAAAAAGAAUGAAGCUAAUAUAUUGUCAGCUUCUGAAAAAGAAAGACAAAAUGAGGCAGAGAGACCAAUUUUAGUAGCAUUGACCAAUUCAAGACAACAUAAGACCUCUCCACUUUUCAAUGGAUAAUUUUAGUUUCUUAAUGGCUUCAGUGAAACUAAGAUGUUUUGAAUUAACAGGAAUGACUAUACCUUAGUACAGUCAUGGGCAACUUUUUUGGCAGUGACAUACAUUUUGUGUUUUGCAAAGUUUGCAAGUUUGCAGCUUCAGCUGUUGCGGUGUUCACUCACAUUGUUUCUAGUUUGUUGUGUAGUGAUCAGAUGCAUUUUAAAUAAUUGCUAAAAUCUUAACUGGCCAAAAAAGUAACUUCUAAAAAAAAAAAAAAAAAAAAAAAAAAAAUUUAUA